AUGCCCGCCGGGAUGUUCAGCAUAGACAGCAUCCUGUCCGGCCGGCCGAGCUGUAAGGAGCCACUGCUGCUGCACCGGAGCGGCCCGGUGGUGCUGUCCGCCGGCCUCACGGACUCUAUCUACACCGACUACAACGGACUGUACACGGCCACAUGCGGGCCCACUCCCCCCGGGGUUCAGUCUGUGAACGGGACCAGGAUAGGAUAUAACGGCUACUACUACGGACAGCUGCACGUCCAGGGAACAGGAGGAGGGCCGCCGUGCUGCGGCUCAGUGCCCGGCCUCAGCCCGCAGCAGUGUCCCUGUAUCCCGGCAGGAUACGACAGCCCGGGCUCGGUGCUGAUCUCUCCGGUCCCGCACCAGAUGAUGUCCUAUAUGAACAUGGGCGGCCUGUCGAGGACCGAGCUGCAACUCCUCAACCAACUGCACUGCCGCAGGAAGCGGAGACACCGCACCAUCUUUACCGACGAGCAACUGGAGGCUCUGGAAGGCCUCUUCCAGGAGACCAAGUACCCAGACGUCGGCACCCGGGAGCAGCUAGCCCGCAAAGUCCACCUCCGGGAGGAGAAGGUCGAGGUUUGGUUCAAAAACAGACGCGCGAAGUGGAGGAGGCAGAAAAGAUCUUCAUCAGAGGAAUCAGUCAGCUCUCAGAAAUGGAACAAAACGACCAAAGAGUCCGCGGAGAAAACCGAAGAGAGUAAAAGCGAGGUGGACUCUGACAGCUGA